GCGGCCGCGCACCGCUGGCGCUCGGUGCGGGAGCGGCGUGGGGUGAUGGCGGCCCCGCGGCGCGGUCGGAACGGUCCCGCACGGCCUCGCUGCCCGCCCGCCCGCCCCGAGCCGUGAGGGCUGAGGGACCAAGCUGGCGGCGCCCAGCGGCGGGGCGCCCCCGGGGGCCCGGGGCAAGCCUCCUGCCGUCACCCCCCAGCAGAUCCGCGACCUCAUCGACGGCGGCAUCGCCCCCGAGGGCGCCGGCCCCGAUGGGAAGGACACAUCCAACUGGUCAGAAUCAGCUAAUGGAGCUUCUCAAAUGGAUGCUCUUGCCUUGGAGUCUGCCAGCAAGGAGGCCUAUUUCAGCAGAGUGGAAACAUUCACCCCUCUGAAGUGGGCAGGCAAACCCCAUGAGCUGUCUCCCCUGGUUUGUGCCAAGUAUGGCUGGAUCAACGUGGAGUGUGACAUGCUGAAGUGCUCCAGCUGCCAGGCCUUCCUCUGCAUGAGUCUGCAGCUCGCCUUUGAUGUCAACAAAUAUAAGGAGCGCUGUGUGGAGCUGAAGAAGGCCUUGUGCACCGCUCACGAGAAGUUCUGCUUCUGGCCAGACAGUCCCUGCCCAGAUCGUUUUGCCAUGUUGCUGGUGGAUGAACCCAGAGCCCUUCUCCAGGACUUUCUGGACCGCUUUCAGAGCCUGUGUCAGCUGGAGCUGCAGCUGCCCUCCCUCAGACCAGAAGACAUGAAAAACAUGGCCUUGACAGAGGAGAAGAUCACUCUGCUCCUCCAGCUCAUUGGGGAAGAACUAGAGCACAAAACGGAGGAAGAGAAACCACCCAUCAAGUCUGCCACAGAAACCCUGCAAGUGCAUGUUCCUGCCUGCAUCCUGGCUCUGUGUGGCUGGACUUGCAGUGCUCCAUCUGGAUCCCUGCACCUCUCUGUCAUCACCUGCUCCCACUGCAUGAGGAAGGUGGGACUUUGGGGCUUCCACCAGCUGGACUCUGCAGGGCAGGAGCUGGACUCCUCUAGCCCAAGCAACACAUCACCAGCAUCCACCGAGCGCUUCCUGCUCCUGCCCACAUCUCCAAGGAGGAUGCUGACACGGAGCCAGGAUGUGCUUCCUCCAGGCUCUGAGCAGCACGAGAAGAGCCCAUCCCCAGCAGCCGCCCGCCCUCGGGGCUGGGAUUCUCCGGUGGCGGCGGAGCGGAGCGAGGCGGAGGUGGGCAGCCCCAGCCCGAGGAGCCGCCCCAUCACCCGCAGCAUGGGGCAGGGGGAGAGCGUGGAGGUGCCCUCCAGCCCCCUCCGCAAAGCCAAGCGGGCUCGGCUCUGCUCUUCCAGCAGCUCGGACACUUCUUUGAAGAGCUUCUUCAACCCCAGCUCUCAGCAUCGUGAUUGGUGCCCUUGGGUCAACACAGUGCAAGGAGGGGAAGUCCUGGAGGAUAAAUCGACAGAGAAGGAGCCUGAGAAGGCAGAUCCAGGCUGGAGGGUGGUGCUGAACAGCCUCCUUGCCACCAGAAAGGGUGACAGAGUGCCUGAGACGGAACCUGUGAGCCUCUCGGUGAAGUCCUGCAAGGUGUUCCGCAUUUUCCGGCAGUGGGAGAGCAUGAAUUCCUCCUGACUGCCUGCUGCCUCCAGGAACUGCUGCUGCUGCUGCCUGGCUCCUGCCCUGGGGCACCCUCCUGGUCUGCUAGAGAUGGUAGAGAUUUGUUGCUUCCACAGCAGCUCCACGCCCUGAGAAGGAAGGGGAUGCUGAGGAGGCUUCAUGCCCCGCAGCAGCUGCUGAGACCUCCCUUCUCCCUCAUCUGCCUUCCUCCACACCUCCCCUCCCCCCUGCCUUCACAAAUUGCUGCUGUAGCCCUUGGCCCUGAGGACUUCAUCGGCCUUGUCUUGGAGCUGGGAGGUGCUGCUGGCACGCAGGGCCAGCCAGGAGGUGGUGGUCACCUUAGGAGGGUGACCAUCUUGUCCAGCUGUCACCUGCCACCAGCAGCACAGGGAAGUGAUGCCAGAGGGGAAUAAACAUUUCAUUUGUUUUUCUUUA